AUGCCUCGUAUAUCAGCAACUUCCUGGCAAUCAGAGAGCAAGAUAGAAAGGGGAUGGGAAACAUACUUUCCACUGGCUUUCCGAAUCUUCUCCCAGACGACUUUGGAAUUGGUGUUAGAAAAGAUGCAAGAGCUUGCUGACACCGCAGCUAAGUCUGUCUGUUCUGAUACCAUCACGGCCGUAACUGUGCCAUACAUGGACUACGAUCCUGUAUUCAAGGCUCGGCUUUGCACCAGUUGGCAGUCGGCUUGGGAUGAACAACGUCAUAACAAGCUUUUCCAGAUCAAACCUCUCUUUGGCCGUCUUGUUUCCGUAAAGAUCACUAAUCAAGCUCACAAUAAAGCGCUGAGUUUUGAGCUGGGAGACCUACGCAACUCUAGUAUCACCAGCGAGGAAGGGCCAAGCGGCGACAAGAUAAGAGCAAAUAGUAUGGAGACUCGUAACGGACCUAUUAGUGUGACAGUGACAUCUCCGAGGCCCGAGAGAAGAGCUUUUUUCCUGCGAGGGGCAGGUUUGGGAUCGUCCACCCCAAACACAUUAUCUGUGGGACCCGCCUAUAAUAUGGGUGAAUUAGGAGAACAGAAGGAGCAGAACGCGGUCCACCCACCUCGUUCCAUACAGGUUAAAGUGCCAGUGAUUUCCCAGUUAACCAAGAACAACUCUCCCACGCCACGGUUACCUGCCACUUCUCCAAAUUCGCCACGUGUGACAUAUCGGCACUGGCAUUUCGGUCAUAAGCCUCCUCUUCUGAAGACGAAGAACAUAUCGGGGCUUGUGACGCACAGCGCCCCAACAAGUCAGGGACCCAGUCCCGUGCAUAGCUUUGAUAGUGAUACCGUAGUCGGGAUAAUCAGCUCUGAAAAGAAUACCCCCGAUUCCGAUGACGAAGACCCUAAGAGAAUGCACAUAAAGCGAGCUAUCCGAGCAACACGACGGUACCAUACUGCUGAUUCUGUAGAGGUUGUGAGGAAAGGAGAAAAAGAUCAAAAUUUACACAAACGGUUAUCGUGGAAUCCUGGACAACUGGAGAGUUGUCGUAGUGGACAGUUAGGGGAAAUCCCCCGGGACAAACUCCUUCGAAACAAACACGUCGACAAGUGCCUCAGUUCUGACUCGAUGAUCAGCUCCAGCGUGAGCAGUACAGGAUCCGCGCAGUUAAGCUUGUGUAGUGUCGAAUAUGAUCUUAGUUUUGAAGGAGGUGUGGAUCACUUAGAGGAGACACGAGAGCGAGACUAUGACCCUCAUGCUGUCGUGAUUAAUGACCAACAAAGUGAUGACCACCUACAGCUGACCACAGUCUUACUGGAGGGGGAGAACAACACAGCUCAACAUCGUGGGGGUUCUGCUGUCCAAAUUACAGUCAAUGAGGAUUUUUCUCAAAUACCACCUUCUGUAGCAGAAAUGCAAAAGAUGAACGAAUGUUCUCUGAUCAACUGGUCACUGGAAUCCACCGAUGUUUGAAGAUUGUCACAAGUAACUGAUGGAAUCAAAGUUUCAGAUGUCUUGAUCAGGUCACAAGAAAUAUCUUAGUUAAUGUCCACUUGGUAAUUUCCACUGACCACAAGACUAGGAAAACUGGACCAGACCUCUAGAGUAUUUUUUUUGUAUGAUUCACAAGAAGGGUUGCAGAUGGAAAUUGCUCUGGGACGACGAACAAGCCAAGUAUUUUUACUUCACGCAGGGAUCCUGGUUGUCUCGAAGACUACCAGAGUCUAACAACCUAUCAGCCUAUAGGCAGCUGUAUAAUCGUGAUCUUGUGUAGAUUCCCGUUAUUGAUCGUUGUAUUUGCUUAGUUUAGGAAACAAAAGUAUUUGUUAUAAAUGAUAUUGAUACGAUUAACUCAGUACCUCUGUAAUGAGUGGGACCUUCCACGUUAGCCUUCAGCAAUCUACAUUGUUAGCCUUCAGCAAUCUACGUACAAGAUAAAUCUGUUCAUAUGUUUGUUUGUAAGACAUUUCAGUAAACAACAUGUUGGUAGAUAUUUGCCUUUAUCUGUACUAGACAUUGUUUUUACAAAUAAGCUUGUCACUGUAGGGUUGGAAAUAAUGUAUAGAUUAAAAAUUAUAUUUCUUUCCAAAUACAAAAUAUGUUUCAGAGAAUGUGACAAGCAUUUUGGAUAUGAAUAAUUCCCUAUAUUUGUAUGUACUUGUGUUUAAUCAAUCAGAAAUGAACUAGGUGGAAGAGAGAGUUGUGAAUAGAACACUCUUUGUCUUGUCAGGUUAAACUAUCUAGACAAUGUUUGUUUUGUUUGUUUUUUAAUUAGACGUUUGAAACAUAUUUGACUUUUCCGUUCACAUACAAUCGAAACCGUUAGUGUAAAAUGUGUGUAUUGUUACACAACAUCUUAGUUGCUUAUUGUAAGCACAUAUGUGUUUUCAUGGUUUGGUGCCAGUUGAAAAAUCAGGUAAAAGUUACACUUCUUUAGUAUUGCUGUUCUUGUUUCAUUAAAAUAACAGUCGGACAACUCCAUCUAGCGGUUAAUGGCUGUUCAAUAUAAAUACUUGUAAAUGUUGAAAUGACUUUUUAAACUAUUCAACCCUAUAAAUGUUGUUUUGGUAAAAAUGUUGAGUUAGGUUUCCUGCGUAAGGUGAAGAAAGAUAUUAGGAAGCAGAAGUGGGCAGUUACUUUAGCAUUGACUGAAGCUGUAUGUGAUAAUAGGGUUCAUAUUCACGUAAUGUUAUGCUUAGAAACAAAACUAGUUGAGGAUGUUCAAAUAAAUUCACUAUUUAUGUAAAAACCCGAUGCACAACAACACUGUUCGAAAUAUAAAUAUAAGACGCACUCAAUACCCACAAGUUAAUAACAUUAUGUCAUUUAUAUACGGCACAGACAAGAAAGAAUAUUAAAUUGAUUAUUAUCUAUUGAAUCGUAUAGAAAAUAUCAUUACAAAAUGUUUGUUAUAUAUAGCGUUUAAUACAUAUGAAAUUACAUACUUAUUAGCUGUUUGUGCUGUGAUAUUGUCGUUAUGUUAGUUUAGGUGAAAAUAGACUUAAACUAGACUUAAUUACUUAUUUGGUAUUAAAAGUGAGAUUUUUGGGACGUUGUUGUAAAUAACAAACGUUUUGAAAGUAGUCUCUGUCAUAUUUAUUUCAGAUGCAGAAAAAGAAGACAGUUUUUGGGUGUUUUUGAUGAUAGCUCUCUCUUCGUUAGCGUGACUAACGAAAUCUAUUUUAUGUAAAGUUACCAUACAAUCUCUAACUGUGUUUUAUCAAUCUAUAGAUUAAGCCAACUUUCUUAAACACAAGAAUACGCAGAAACGUGUCGAAAAUAUAGAAAAUAUAGCUAACAGCAAGGGUACCUAACUAAUUAGCCAAUACAUUCCAACCAUUAAUAGGCUUUAUGGCCUCAUACUUCUUGUUAAACUGGUAUAUUAUUUACAAGGUUAAUUUUUAGUUCUGACCAAUGUAAGAGGUUGCUUGAUUUGAUCAGAAGUUAAUGAUGAGCCUGGAAGAAAGGGGAUUUCCCCGUUACCAACCAAACGUGUUAGGUUUGAGAUUGUCAAUUUGAAAUCUACACAUUAAAAUCAGUUUGAGCCCGUGUUUUAGAAGAAAUUCAGUGUAAUGGAAAAAUUUCAUUAGAGAAUCAAGUUGUAGUUCUUAAUAAAAUAUAGUACGCUCCCAGAAUUUCUGUAUUUAAACUACAUAACCUAACCGAUGUACUCGUGAUACAUUAUCAUAUGACUAUUAAAAUACUGUCAUUACGUUUUGAAAGAAAAAGACUAAAAAAAUCACCAAAAUUAAACUCUUCUAAAAUCGGUUAAAAAACUUAUUAAUUUUAAAAGAUGGGAUACUUUUUUGCUGCUAGUGUAAAACCUAUUUUCAUUUAGGAAUGAAGAAAUUCCCAAAUAUAUAUAUAUCAAUAUGGUUGAAGAACAGGGAGAGUGGCAUAAGUUUACAUUAAUUAUACCAUUUUCGAGCUACUCACUAAAUUGAAAUGCCCCAAAAUAAAACAAACUCAAUCGGAGUUGUUAUUCUGAAGUUUUAAAACUUAAAAAUAAUUAUAAUUUCAUAACGAGAUGAUAAUUUGUUCUACGUGUAUUUAGGUAAAUAAUUAUAUUCUGAAAACGGUAAGUCGUACACAGGUCAAGGAAUCUUCCAUAUAUACUAGUGGUUAUAAGUAGUUUACAUAAAUAAUAUAUGAAAGUAUAAGAAACCCAACUGUUUAAAGGAGCUAUGCUUUCCUCUAGCUAUAUUUCUUUCCAGAUAAAACUUAAUCAUAUUUAAGUUGGGCCUAAUUCCUUAUGAGUGAUCUUAAUUGUGAUAGUUGCGUACCUAAAUUGUUUUUAAUGGAAGUCUAAUGUAUAAUCUUUUUUUCAGCGGGCGAAUAUAGUAGAUUAUAGAUAGAUAUACAGUCAGAGUUCAAUAACAUUUGGUAUGGUUAAAGAACAUCUGAUUUUCUAAUUGAAGUAAUAAGCCCUACCCAAACACAGUUAGUUGAUUCUGCUAUUGAAAAUUUAUUGGUUAACAUUUCACUUUAGAACAUAGUUUGGUAUGAGCGAGUUAAAGGCAUGGUAUUCUUGUGAUACUUAGAGACCGUAAAUUUCUAAAAUGGAUGAAAAUAUUGUUUGAUCAUCUAAACAACCAAACGUAUUUUAGUUAUCAGUAACUAAACUAGUCUUGGAAACCUAAUGAUUAUAAUUAUACUAGUGUUUAGCCGGUAAAAAAUGAAGGGGAAAGUGCUACCACCCCCACCCCAUAGUAUACCCUAUCAUCACACUUCAUAG